GUCACUGUUUCUACGUGUAGUUGGUUGGAAUGGAGGCGGAGUCAACUGGGAUCCGUUCUCCCUACCUAGUGCGCGCUCACGACGCAGAGGAAACUAAUUCUGUCAGGGAUACCUAUCUUGGCACGUCCCUCUCUUCAUACUUUUGGUGCGUGAGCUGGUUAGGGCUGUCUUUGAUGGAGCGCUGGCGGGGCAGAGUGGCUCUGGUGACCGGAGCCUCGGUCGGGAUCGGGGCGGCUGUAGCCGUGGAGCUGGUCCGGCUCGGUAUGAAAGUGGUGGGCUGCGCCAGGGACGUGGGGAAAAUACAGAAACUGGCAGCAGAGUGUCAGAGCGCCGGUCACCCUGGUGUUUUGGUGCCUUUCAAGUGUGACUUGACCAAAGAGGAGGAGAUUCUGUCCAUGUUCGCCACGAUCAAAGAGCAGCACAAAGGCGUGGACGUGUGCAUCAAUAACGCUGGCUUGGCUCAUCCAGAGGCGCUGCUAAAUGGCAAAACCAGUGGCUGGAAGAACAUGUGGGAUGUAAGAACUCAGAGUUAUUUUAGAAAGAAAAUAUUUCUGGUUGGUAUGCAAUAUAAUAUUGAUAACAUAUGUAAUAUGUUGUUGUGUGCUACAUAUGAAAGCAUUCACAGGAGUGGUUUCCCAGCAGAAUACUGUACUCUAAUGAAAUGAUAAAUUGAGUCAUCGUUAUUUUUUAGA